AUGGCUGGUCCGGCGAAGGCGUCAUGGAUGGCGGCGAUGAGCGUCGGCGCGGUGGAGGCGCUCAAGGACCAGGCCGGGCUCUGCCGCUGGAACUAUGCCCUCAGGUCCAUCCACCGUGCAGCCAAGGCCAACGUCCGCGGCGGCGUCUCGCAGGGCACGGAGCAGCUUCCGGCAGCUGUGGCGGAGAGGCGGCGAGCGGAGAAGGCCGAGGAGGGGCUGAGGACGGUGAUGUACCUCAGCUGCUGGGGCCCAAAUUAG